AUGCUAUCAGAGCAAGCAGUAAGGAUGGAGCCCUCCGCUUUAAAACACUACCAUAUGGAAGAGUUUAACCCCAAACUAUUUCAUGGCUCAUUUUUUUCCCCUUCAAGCGAUGAAACAAUUCUUGAAGAACUUUUUCGAUUCCCUAUAAAAAAACUUCAUCAGAUAUUGAAAUCCGGGGAGAUUAAAGGAGACACUUUGAUUGACUUUUCUGCCGGUCCUGUCAUUUUCCAACUUUUAUCUGUCUGUGAAUAUUUCAAAGAAAUCACUGUUCUAGAAUUUAACGAUAAAUGCAUACAGGAUUUACAGAAAUGGAUCAAGAAGGAGAAAGAUGCCUACGACUGGUCACACGCAUCAAAGAUCGUUACUGAAUUGGAAGGGAAGAGUGAUAAGUGGAAACAAAAAGAAGAAGCCCUGAGAAGCCGAAUUAAACAGAUUUUGAAAUGUGAUUUUACCAAGCAGAACCCGACGGACCCUGUUGUAUUACCCAAAGCCGAUUGCGCGAUAAGCUUGUAUAUGAUGAAUUUUGUGUGCAAAGACCUCGACUCUUACCGUGACUACUUAAAAAAAGUCUCAUCUAUGCUAAAAGUAGGAGGGCAUCUAUUAAUAUUUGGGGGAUUUGAUGCACGAUUUUACACUGUAGGCAACCACAAGUUCCACAAGUUGAGCUUUGAUGAAAAGUUUUUGAGGAAAGCUCUGGGAGAAACAGGGUUUUCCAUUAAACACUUUGAUGCUAUCGAAAGCCAAGUACGAAAUGAGUUUGUGUAUUAUGGGCAUGUUUGGUUUGUUAGUGCUCUCAAAACUAGGGAGAUUUAA